CUCUGUGUCAAUGCACAUUGUUUUACAUUUUUAAGUACUUCAGGAUUCAGGAAUGAUGUAAAACUUCAGUUGUUUCAGAACUGCUGGAGAUGGGUUUGCAUGAACAGUUUUGUUUACCUUUAGCCACGAAGAAGAAGAAGAAGAGCAGUGAUCUAAAGUAUGACAUCUUUGGGUGGGUAAUCCUUGCCGUUGGAAUUGUUGCAUGGAUUGGGAUGGCAAAAUCUCAUAUUCCUCCACCUCCUCCACCUCCUCCAAGAUAAAUUUGUUAAUUUGGUGCAUUGUUUGAGGAAACCAUUCUGGUGAUGUGGUGGAAGGUUCAUGAUCUCUCCUUUAAAGGUUCACUACAUUGAGAUUUAAAUUGAUGAGUGUGACAAGUUGUCACAUUAUUUUUGACUAAAUUUUCUUUUUCUCAAAUAUUUUGGAUAAAUACCAUGGAUGUUAUUAAUUAUGGAAUUUUGCUCAAUUAAGAACCAGGUUUCUU